GCCGCCCUGUUGUGCUUUAGAGGCAUAAAAUGUCAUAAUUUGAUUACAAAGUGUAAUAAUCAGCAAUAUAUUGCGCUUACGUAUAUAAAGAAAUGCCAGCACUGUUUCAGGACAUGUGUUCAAUUGCAUCCCAGAUUUAUUUUAUAAUGAAGCUGACUUUUUGUUUCAACUUCCUUUGUUAGUGUUGGCUUGUUUUUACUUUGUCAAACGUCGCUCAGAAUGCCAUUUGAUUUCCUAAUGAAAGUGGUGCCAUCUUUACCCAAAGAGAGUGAUGCAGCGGAGCUUUAGUCCUUUCAGCAGCUACACACAGGAAGACAAUAGCAGCGAUGUGGCGACCGGAGCCCAUGGAACAUCUGUGACAUUUGCUGAUUUGUAACAAUGACAGCGAUGAUCGAUGAUGAGUACCAGCUUCAGGACAAUCAGCAAAUGAAGAGAACCAUCUGCUGCCUGCUUUCCAGAAUUAUGGACGGCAAAAACUUGGAUGUGCAUUAUGACCCGAAUAACAAAGUGACUCCUCUGAUGUCCGCUGUCUUGGUGUGGGACUGUCUGAAGGACGCCACAAAUGAUGCUGCACUAUUCGACAACAUAAAAUACCUGUUAUUUAUCCAGUGUGUUGGUGUGUGUUUGGAGAAAGGAAACCCUCAGCUCGCAGCUCACACACUGCAGUGGCUCGAGAAGAAUACUGAUGUACCGGAGAAACUGCAGAGGAACCUGUCCACUGUUGUGUCUAAGAAGGAUGUGUACAACCAGCUCCUAACCAGGUUCUCCUUUAAUCACCUCCUGAAGAGCGUGAACUCGUUCUUGGACGCAUUCCUUGAGAAACAUCCUUCUGACUUUUUAUUGAAGGCUGCCUCGAAAGUGGUUCAGGUUCGUCAGGAGAGACCGGAGCAGGCUGAUGUGGACCAGAACAUCGAGGAACUACGACCAGACAGUCCUGUAAAGCCCGAAUCAAACGCCGUUUCAUCAGAGCUUAAUCUGAGACCCAAAAAGAAGCUUUUCUCCAGCCGAGCUGCUCGUCCCUGGAAACCAGAAAACACAAACAGGCUGCUGUGUCUUCCUCCGCGAGCAGCCAAAUUAAAAGUAUCCAGAAGGAGUUUUGAAGAGCCACCACCGUUAGAGCAAAACACUGUCUCCAAAUACCGAUCCAAGAGGAAGUGGAACACCACAGAGGACCGGUACCUGAAAGCAGGAGUUAGGAAGUACGGUGAAGGGAAGUGGUCCAAAAUCCUGAAACAGUUUGAUUUCGAAGACCGGACCAGCGUCAUGCUGAAGGACAGGUGGAGGACGUUAAAGAAACAGGAAAAGGUUUGAACUCGGACCUCUACAGCGAUUUGUUUUUCUGUGGUACUGAAACUUUAAUGAUGCUGUGCCAUCGACAGAUUCUUUGUUUCAAAGUUAAAUUGCAAAUAAAAAAUAUCAGUUACAUUUUUAAGGUGCCUCAGUGUGGAAGCUUUUCCCUGCAUCUCUACAGUACAAAAAUGUCCAUCAAACUUAUUACUGUGAGUGUUUUGUUUUUUUAGAAUAAAAAAAUGUUUUAAUCUUAUUUUUUUAAACUGCAUAUAUGCUUGAAAAGAUGCAUGUUGAAGCCAUUGUAGCAGAAAUAAUACAGAAAAAAAUGCUCCAAAUAAAUGGGAGUGGAUGUA